AAAAAAGCACUAACAAUGAACUGCUUUCUAUUAAAUUUGUUUUUAGCUCAGUCCCAAGAUCCUGUUGUGGCUCGAGAUGUGCCAGUUCUUGCUGCUGCAGCUGGAGGGGGCACACUGCAUUCUGGACCAUCGUUCGGAGGCACUCGUGCGGAAGUACUUCCUAAGGUAGUGCCCGUGAAUGUAGGUUCAGAGGCUUCCAUGCAGGCAAUACCCUGUGAUUUAUCCUCAACUAUUUCCACUGGAAGCUUUUUGACUACUGAAACACUGGAUGUCAGCCCUGUUGACACUGGAUUGUCGUCUGACAGCAUGGAAGAUCAAAUUUUGAAAAGAAUCACAAGCAGCCCAUGGGACUCCUCGCUGCCCUUUUCCUUGCAGCAGAGGCAGGAGAAUCUGCCUGGAGUGCCUGAAACCGAGUUGCCUGAAGAAGUAACGUGCCUUGACACAGGAAGUCAGAUUCAGCAGAUCUUGGAGAAAUGUUGUGGAGAGUUGAACUCUUCAUCAGACAACAAUACCCAUUUUGAAGCUCUAGCAGCUGAGUUUGAUUUCCCUGAAACGGAGAGGCAUUUUCCUAACUUCUGCCAUCGGCUAUUUCAGCCUUUGGAACCAAGUCCUGCCUUCAGUGUUUCAUCACCCGUUUCUCACUACAAGAUUCAACAGGGCAACAAAGAAUUGAGGAAGACUUCAACAUUUGCAACAGAAAGUGAAGAGCAGUUUCUAGAAGUGAGAACCUCCAGUUUGAAUACACAAAGAGGCAGUGUGAUGGGCAGUCUUGAAACAAGCAAGCCAAACAACAUUACAUCAGAAGAGUUUUUCAAAGAGAAUGUUACUCUGGGUUUGGAAGAAUCUUUUCACCCAAUGCAUUUGGAACCUGCUCUGAGCAAUCGCUGUCAGAAUGCUGCUCGGCCAGCGGGCAUUCAUGUGGUGUCAGAGAGCUCCUUGGAACUAAAUCCUGGGAUUAAAAAUGGGUGCAGUGAGAACAGUGUUUCAUCUGACAGACAAUACGAAGAAUUGGUGAGGAGUAUGGAAUGUGUUGGUCUGCAGUGUUCAGUGGAGGAUAUGCGAAACCAAAGUCUGAAUUCACUGGAAGAACAAAAAUCAUUUUAUCAGCUCAGUACCACACCAGUGACAGUGGAUGAACCUUUCCCUCAGCACACAUUGAAAGAGGGCGUAGCAUUCAAAAAAGAGAUUCUGUCUUCUGAAAAAUUACCUGUCAAGGUACUUGAUAGGAAGUACGUGAAGCUCCCUGAAAAAUUACUUCGUGUACCUGAGGCAAAUAAAGCUGUGGAAGUUGAUUUGCAUUGCAAUACAAAUGCAAAGGAGCCAGGUGAAAGUUUUCUUGAAAUACAGAAGUCUUCAAGGACUCCUGAAGACAUCAGUUUGGAAGUCCCAGACGUUAAUUUACAGGCAGUAGUAAAACAGAAUGCUUUCUGUCUGGGAAGACAUGAGAAACACUCUAACUCUGUGGCUGCAGGCUCGUCUCGUAUUCCAAUCUGGGAGACUGAGUCAGGGCGUGGUAUUAUGGAAGAACCUGAACUCACUCUUGUGAGCUCAACUGACAUCAGUAUUGCAGAAUCAGACACUGAACAUAUGAACCAAAAGGGAAGUAGUGAGGAUAAAACAAAUAACCCAGCAUGUGCAGACAGGUCUGCCAUCAGUGUUCUGACUGAGAAAAGAGAAUUUUUACCACUGGUUCCAGAUGCAGAUUGUUCAGUGCUGGUAAGACCUGACAGCUCUUCCAAAGCCCACAGUGCUAAUGAGGGUCAGUGUCCAUCACAUCAGACUGCAGAAAGUGAGAAACACUUGGACUUUUCUUUCUCAGUGAUGCUGCUGGAGUCUGCUUCUGCACCAGGGAGUUUGCAAGAAUCUUUUUUAAAAAGAAAGAAGGACUUCAUCCAGAAAUCCCUGAGAAGAGUUGAAGAAAUAAAACAAAAAGAGAGAAAAAAUGAAAAGCCAGAAGGCAGACAGUUUCAGAGGAAAAAGUCUGAGACAUUAAGCAGUCAAAAGGAGUGUCAUCUUAUCCCUGGGAAAAAAGGUGCAGUUGUCAAUCAGCUGAAGAAAGUAGGAGAAGUGAAAGUGUCUUCUCCAGAAGACAGGAAGGCUGGAGAAGCUGAAAUGUAUCAGCGCACCUCAAGACUUUAUAAUCAACUUUCAGAAGUAAAGAUCAGAAAAGAAGAAAAAACAAGGCAAGAAACUUAUGCUAAAAACAGAGAAAAGGCUAAGGAGUUUCAAAAGAAAAUGCUGGAAAAGCUACGAGCCAAGAAGCCAGGGAAAACACCCAGACUAGGAGAAGCCUCUAAACAAGAAACAUUGCUGUGUUGAUACAACUCAGAGUAUUUAACAGUAAGAACUGCAUUAAACUAAUUCAGGUAAUGACUCGCAGAUGCCUUCUACAGUGCCAUCUACUUUGUGGCAGUCAGCACUGGUAGAACGGACACUGCAGGAAAGCCUUAUAUGCCUUAGUGUUUGAAAGAGAGUUUAUACCACUUGUAACAUAAACAUCAAAUAAAGUGUUUUUAAAAAACAUUUA